AUGGCCUCGCCUAGCGCGACCACGACUCUGGGAAAGAGGAGAAGGAGCACUAGACUCACAGGCCCUCUUGCCGUCAAGCGAACAAGACGCUCUCUUCGAAUCCACCCAGAGAUCCACCAUGAGCCCGACCACAUCCAAGCAGAGAAGGAGAAGGCCGCCUCACCACCCAAGCCUGUUGCCGACGAAGACGUUGCGAACCACAAGGAAAACCGCAAGCCCACGGGAGACGAGGAGGAGGACAGGAUCGAGGCCGAGACACCAUCCAAGUCACUUCUCAGAAGGCGCAAAUCAGUCAUCGCCAGUCCACCAAAGACAGCUCCCGUCACACCUUCCACACCACGACACUACGAUGUCUUCGCAAGAGUACCAGUCACCACUCCACGCCAUCGCGUCAUGUCCGUUGGCAAGCUCUCCAGGCGCAUGACACCAAGCACGCCCAUGACACCCGCGGCUUCUCAGACAGUUUACCAUCAGGCUCGCCAACUCUUUUCUCGAAGCGCCGAUCCCGGGGAACUCGUUGGACGCGACGACGAGCGCGAGAAGCUCAACACUUUCCUGGAUCGCUGCACCACCACCCAUCCCAGCGGCUGCCUCUACGUCAGCGGACCUCCUGGAACCGGAAAGAGCGCCAUCGUCAACAAGGUCACCGACAAGUUUGCAUCCGAGACAUCAACAGUGCGCAAGGCAUACAUCAACUGCAUGAGCAUCAAGUCGUCCAAGGAUCUCUACGUCACCCUUCUCGACCAGCUAGCCAGCAAAGAUGAAGACAAGGAGGAACUCUCAACCGAAAGCGACGUGGUGGCAGCUCUCCAAAAGCUCAUCCUGCCCAAGAAAAAGACCCAGGAUGUCUUCCUCGUGGUGUUGGACGAAAUCGACCACAUCCUCACCCUCGACCCUGAAAGUCUCUACAGCCUCCUCGAAUGGUCACUCGAAAAGAAGAACUCGCGCCUCGCCCUGAUUGGCAUUGCCAACGCGCUCGACCUCACCGACCGCUUCCUGCCGCGCCUCAAGUCGCGCAACCUCAAGCCUGAGCUUCUGCCCAUCCUUCCAUACACGGCGCCUCAGGUCAAGAACAUCAUCAUCACACGUCUCAAGAGCCUGCUUCCCGGUGGAACACCCAAGGACCCCAACUACAUCCCCUUUUUCCACCCAGCCGCCAUCGAGCUCUGCUCGCGCAAAGUAUCCAGCCAAACCGGCGACCUGCGCCGCGCCUUCGAGAUUUGCCGCCGCGCCAUCGACCUGGUGGAGUCCGAGAUCCGUCUGAAGCACGAAAACGAAGUCAAGGAGCAGAUGCUACAGAUGUCUCCCUCCAAGAAGCGCGUCCUAGGCGAAAACACCAACCUCUCCUCGGCUCCUGCGCCUUCCUCCCUCUUCCGGAGUAUCUCCACUGGACCCAGCGCCAGCGUCUCGGCCUCUUUGCUCAAAUCUCUACAGGCCUUGACACCCGCUACCGCCCCGCGCGUCAGCAUCGCCCACCUCAGCAAAGUCACAGCCGCAGCAUUCAGCAACGGCACCACUCAACGUCUCAAGACGCUCAACCUCCAGCAGAAAGCCGCUCUGUGCGCUCUGGUCGCCAUCGAGAAACGUAAUCGCGCCGCGCAGUCGGAGGCUUUCAACUCUGCUUCAGCCAGUUUCACAUCCACCACCGGCACUCCGUCGAGGAAACAAGAGGCGCCAAUUGCUCCGACAGUCAAGACUCUCUAUGAAGCGUACACCAAGCUCUGCAAACAGGACUCGCUACUUCAUCCGCUUUCGUCAUCUGAGUUUCGUGAGGUGGUCUCCUCCCUGGAAACUCUCAGUUUGAUUACGCCAGUGGACGGCAAGACGGGAUCGUUUACUGCCUUGGGGUAUAGCUCGCCUGGAGUGGGGACACCGAAGCGGGGAGGCAAGAAGAAGAAGGAUGUGUUUGGGAUGGGAGGUGCGCUGGUGGCGGGGGAUGAGAAGAGGGUGGCUAGUUGUGUGGGGGAGAGAGAGGUUGAGCAGACUUUGCUGAAGGACGAUGGGGCGGGAGUGGGGAUUUUGAGGGGGAUCUUGAGUGGGGAGGCGUUGGAUGAUUGA